AUUAAUAAACCAAGAUUUUUCGUGGCGGUCGCAUGUGGAAAAUGUUCUCCAGGAAUCCGAAGAACAACCUGCGGUAGAUGACUCGGGUGGACACUGCAACCCCAUAAAAUGUUUGUUUUUCAACUGCGCUAUUGGACGCCAGUAGAAUGGUACCUCCACCACCGAAAAACUGGGAUUUUACUGAUAAUCUUCGCGAUCAGUGUCAUCUGGAGACUGGCUGGAUGGUACCGUCUGCAGAGACGUUAUCGGGAAUGUCUGGAUAAAAUCCCCGGACCCGCGGCUCUACCGCUGGUUGGAAACACAAUAGAACUGAACCUUGAUCAUGAGGAGCUUUAUCAAAGAAUUAUGGGAAUGCGAAUGCUUUGGGGUUGGCGGGAAGGCAUCAACAAGGCCUGGGUGGGCCAGCACCCCUACGUAUUCGUCAGCAAAGCCUCCACUGUGGAGGCAGUUCUCAGCAGCAAUCGCCACAUUGAUAAGAGCGCCGACUAUCGUUUCCUGCGACCUUGGCUCGGAACUGGCCUGUUAACCAGUCACGGGAGUAAGUGGCAUAAGCGGAGAAAAAUCCUGACGCCGACGUUUCAUUUUAAGAUUCUCGAGGACUUCAUUGAAGUCUUUGGAGAACAAACUGAAAUUCUAGUGAAGAAACUUUCACGCGAGGUCCAUAAUGGAUCGUUCAACAUUUUUCCUUACGUCACUCAUUGCACUUUGGAUAUUAUCUGCGAAACCGCAAUGGGAAGACAAGUAUUUGCUCAGAAUGAUAGUAAUAGUGAAUAUGUGCGUGCGGUCUACACCAUCGGAAAUAUAAUACAAACCCGACAGGCUACCAUCUGGUACCAUCCAGACAUACUUUUUCGAAUUUCACCGCUGUAUGAAAAACAUCAGCAAUGCAUACAUGUCUUACAUGCCUUUUCUAAUAAGGUAAUAUCCGAGAGAAGAGUAGAAAUUUCGAGUAACAUCGAAGGCAAUAAUAUUGAGGAAGGAGAUGAAGUGAAGAAGAAGCGAUUGGCUUUUUUGGAUUUAUUAAUUGAAGCUUCUAGAGAUGGAGCUCUUUUAUCGAACGAAGAUAUCAGAGAGGAGGUUGACACGUUUAUGUUUGAAGGUCACGACACGACAUCAUCUGCAGUCUGUUGGACGCUUUAUCUACUCGGCUGCCAUCCGGAGUAUCAAGAACGUGUGAUCGACGAAUUGGAACAAGUAUUCGCGGAAGGUGAUUACCACCGCCGCCCAACUCUCAACGACUUGAAGAGCAUGAAGUACCUGGAGAGAUGCAUCAAGGAAGCAUUACGUUUAUAUCCCAGUGUUCCGUUGCUUGCUCGUCGCAUAGCGGAAGACGUGCAAAUUGGGAAGUACACGGUUCCAGAGGGAACAACGGCGAUGGUGAUAGUUCCUAUGCUUCAUAGAGACCCUGAGGUCUUCCCUCAUCCUGAGAAAUUCGAUCCCGAUAGGUUUCUAGCUGAGAAUGCUAAUGGCAGGCAUCCCUAUGCCUUCAUACCUUUCAGCGCGGGGCCGAGGAAUUGUAUCGCCAUGAAAAUGAUUCCCCAGGUCAAAAAUUCGCUCUGCUGGAGGAGAAAGUGGUCAUCUCAGGGGUUUUACGAAAAUUUCGAAUCGAAUCAGCGGAGCGACGAGAGGAUAUUAGUAUCACCGCCGAACUGGUAAUCAGAGCUAAAAACGGCCUCAACGUCCGUAUAACACCGCGAUAAUUAACAAAAAAGUUCCUUCCUUCUCUUUCUAUUUAUAUCGCACUGACUACGCUCUCUAUUAUAAAUUCUCAAAAUAAACUAAUUGUAUCGUCUGUACUAGAUUUGCACACCUUUGUAUUGAUCUCAAAUUGCUUCGUUAAUUUCUCGUUUAUUUUUAAAUAAAUAAUUAAAUAUCAACCAUAAGUAGUGGCCUCUGUG